CCAAUCAUGAGUAGUUUCAUUAAAAUGGAGGAGAAUAAUAGUAGCAUGAGUUAUAUGGAUCAAAAGCCAUUGAUACUCAAUGAGCUAACCCAAGCUAUAGAGUUACUUUGAGGAAUUACAAUUUGGUCUUGAUUCUGCUACUUCAACUGCUGCCAAUUUGCUACUACCUCAAAUUUUAUCAUCUUUCGAAAACACCCUUUCCAUGUUGACCGGGACCAAGUCGGAAGCUGGCAACCAAUCUCAAAUUACUGGAUCCCAGUCAGAUGUUAUCCAGUCCGAUUCCCCGCGUUCUAUUGACAGAAGUCCUUGCAGCAAUUAUAAGUCUGAUCUCAACGGAAACGCCUCCAAGAAGAGGAAAACAUUACAGAGAUGGACAGAACAAGUACGCGUUUGUGAACAUACCGGGUUGGAAGAACCUGUGGAUGAUGGGUAUAGUUGGAGAAAAUAUGGACAGAAAGAUAUUCUUGGAGCCAAUUAUCCAAGAGGCUAUCACAGAUGUACACAUAGCAAUGCUCAAGGAUGUUUAGCUAGAAAACAAGUUCAACGUUCCGACGAGGACUCAUCGAUGUUUAGUGUGACAUAUUGCGGAAGACGUACUUGUAUUCAAGGUGCACAUUUGCUACCAGGGAAAUCGCAAAACCGACAAGAUCAACAAGAUCAGAGGCGGAUCAAAACACAAGAAACGAUAAUCAAUUUCCAAACUAGUAGUUGUCAUAGUAAAACAGAGGAUUUCAUUACGACCCAAGCAGUUCUAAGAUCCCCUUCAUUCUCAUUUCCUUCGGCUUCAAUACCCAUUUCAUCAUGUACAGAUAAAGAAAGUAACAACGACAACAAUAACAACAACAUUUUCUCUUCAACGACACCUGAUAAUCACUUCAUGACUAGUCCUUUUUCUUCAUCUCCUACAAUUUCAGAAUCCAGUUCCUUCUCGCCUUACCAAGUGAGCUAUUUUGAUGGUGGACAAAACUUAGAAACUUCAGAUUAUGAAGUAUGUGAAUUUUCUUCAACACUGGAUUCUCAAGAUCUUUAUUUGGGCUUUGAUUUUCCUUAUGGCUCUCAAUAUCCAUUUGAUAGUCCUCAUUAAUAUUUGUUCAACUAUUUAACUAUUUAUCUUAAUUAUGGAGAUAAUAUUAUUAUUUCGAAGCAAAGUCCCAGGGAACUG